CUCUCUGCCGGCUGCCGCGUCACAACCUUAUCAGGGAAAUCGACCAAGUUGCCGACGUAUGUGCCCUCAACAGCCCCGUCGCCGACUGCUGCCGCCAUCAAUCUCCUCAACCUUCUGAAGAUUGCCAACACCAUGUCCCAUUCGAUCUACAACCCCUACACUCCUGGAAAUAAAGGCUCCACCCAAGGACAAUAUGGACCCCCCGGAGGGGGUUCCAUCUCAGGACAGUAUGGACCCCCCGGAGGGGGCUCCACCCCGGGACAGUAUGGACCCUCCAGUGGGGGCUCCACCCCGGGACAGUAUGGCCCCCCCGGAGGGGGUUCCACCCCAGGACAGUAUGGACCCACCAGAGGAGGCUCCACCCCGGGACAGUAUGGACCCCCCGGAGGGGGUUCCAUCUCAGGACAGUAUGGACCCCCCGGAGGGGGUUCCACCCAGGGACAGUAUGGACCCCCCGGAGGGGGUUCCACCCAGGGACAGUAUGGAUCCCCCGGAGGGGGCUCCAUCUCGGGACAGUAUGGACCCCCCGGAGGGGGUUCCACCCCGGGACAGUAUGGACCCCCUGGAGGGGGCUCCACCCCGGGACAGUAUGGACCCCCAGGAGGGGGUUCCACCCAGGGACAGUAUGGAACUCCCGGAGGUGCCUCCACGCAGGGACAGUAUGGAACUCCCGGAAGGAGCUCCACUCAGUCACAGUAUGGACCUCCUGGAGGGGGCUCCACCCAGGGACAGUAUGGACCUUUUGGAGGGGGCUCCACCCCAGGACAGUAUGGAACUCCUGGAGGAGGCUCCACCCAGGGACAGUAUGGAACUCCUGGAGGAGGCUCCACCCAGGGACAGUAUGGAACUCCUGGAGGAGGCUCCACCCAGGGACAGUAUGGAACUCCUGGAGGGGGCUCCACCCAGUCACAAUAUGGAACUCCUGGAGGGAGCUCCACCCAGGGACAAUAUGGAACUCCUGGAGGGGGUUCCACCCAAUCACAAUAUGGAACUCCUGGAGGGGGUUCCACCCAGUCACAAUAUGGAACUCCUGGAGGAAGCUCCACCCAGGGACAAUAUGGAACUCCCGGAGGAGGCUGCACCCAGGGACAAUAUGGACCUCCCAGAGCCCAGGCAGAGAGAGACCCUCGACUGACACACCACCUCAAACCUGAAUCUGGCUUCAGACCUUCUGGAGCUUCUUCUACAACUCCAACCAACACUGGGGCGAUCCCUUCACUCUCAUCUAUGCCCACCAACUACAAGCCUGAGCGAAGUCAUGCUGGAAUAGACGAGGACAUGGAGAGGUCUAUCGACAUGCAGCUCAGCAGAGCCAGAGAGCAGGCCAUGCGUCAUCCUGUGGGGAUGGACUCUUGCCUCACUGGCCCUCCAAGAGAUGACUAUCGUCAAGCAGGCACCUCUUAUCGACAAAGACAUUCUGAUGUUGAAAGUAGCAGUGGCUCUUUGGACUGGUUACCAAGGUACAACAGAAUUAGUGGGGACAAUGUGUCUAAUUCUAACUCCCCAACUUCUUCAACUAGCUACCCAGACAGUGGUGACAAGGCUGGUGAGAGACAAGGCGACUCAAAAUCUUUUCCAGGCUUCGGUGAAUACAAGUUCUCAGCAGGAGACAAACCUCCAGCAGCAGCUGAAUCCAGUCGCCCCAAGUACAAUUCAGAGUCAGCCGCAAACAUCCUUCUGCAUUUUGGUCUUGAAAAGGAGGACUUGGAGCAUCUCAUUGCCUUUCCCGAAGAUCAGAUUACUCCAGAGAACUUGCCCUUCAUCUUGCGCCAAAUCCGUAUUCAGAAGAACAAGAGGACUUCAGCCGCAGUUCCGUCAAAGUCCUAUUCUGAAUCCCAGUCCACAACGAGCGUGAGUGGAAUGGACAGACUGAGUCAGUCCGGCGGGGCAACAGUGCGCCAGGAUGAAAUGGCUUCUUCAGUUCUCCAACCAAGUAAAGUGAUCGAUUAUGGACAUACUGGUAAAUACACUGGAGGGGUUGGAGAUGACGUUGGGAGGGUCGGUGGUAGUAGAGGAAACAGUGGUGGGAGUUCAAGUAUGGUGCCGUUGGACACCACCAACCGUGACCGAGAACCUUUCCAAAAAAGUACAACCGAGAUUAACUUGAGCGCUGUGGUUUCCCCACGUGAUCAGGGGAGCUCUGUUGCCAGUCUCAGCUCUUCGUACGGUUCGGGCCAGAGUGCCAUGGCAGCUCCGAGUGCUGAUGCAACCAAACACAGUCAGACUCAACCAAACCACGGUUCCCAGUCAAUUCUCUCCACUUUGUCUCUGCCGAAUAAAGACACUGACUCAAGGCCUCUUACGUCCCAAUUCUCCAAACCCCCUCCUCUGAAACAAUUGGAUCCCAAAUUGCCAACAAAGACUCAAGCCGCUCAAUCCCGUACAGCUGUUUGCAGCAUGCCUCCUGGCCAGCGUGGCAUCGUGCUGUUUGAUAGUCAUAAAGACCAGAGUAAAACUAAAGCAUCCAGUGCUCCCAAGCAGACUAAAAAGCAGCCAGCGCAGGAACAGGGGAACAACCAGAAGAAGCCGCAGCAGCCAGCGAAGCAGCCAACCCAGAAGCCGGUGCAGAACCAGCUCCCAUCGCAGAUGAAGCAGUCUCCAGUUUUCAGUUCUUUGAAGCUGGCGACACCACUUCCAAUUGGCCCGAGUAUGCCUAUUCCCCUGCUGGACAUCCCUCCAGUUGAACCACAGCUCCUCACCGCCGCCGCGAACCCGAAGCCUGUGCAGCAGCCAUCUUCAGCCAGUCAGCAUGCAGCGAGUGAACGACUCAAGAAUCUUCCGACAGCUGAGCUGAUGCAGGACUAUGCUGCUGCCACCCCGAGAAAGUUCCCCCACACCUGUUCUCUCUGUAGCAAAGAAUGUUCUCGCUUAAAGAAUUGGAUCGCCCACCAGAACACCGGCCUUCACCUUGAAAACUGCAGACUCCUUCGCAAACGAUAUCCUGAGUGGGACGGCGAGGUUGUGAAACUGACCAGCACAUCGAGCAAAAAUGCCAGUCCUUUGCCCUCAGCUUCCGGUCAGCCACGUCACCAAAAAGCCCAGCUCAAGGGCCGCUCGGUUUCUCCCGGACCUCGAAGGGAGCGAGCCAGGCCGAGCAGCCGCUCCCGCUCCCGCUCGUACAGCCCCCGUCGCCGCCGCGGAUCUCCAGACAGGAGGGACCGGGCCAGGCACGGCAGCCGGUCCCGGUCUCGCUCUCGCUCGCGUAGCCCCCAUGGCUACCGCGGGUUGGAGGGCCGGAGAGAUCACUGGAGCAGCAGAUCCCGCUCCCACAGCCCCCGUCGACGCCGCAGUCCCGGCAGCUGGCGGGACAGACGCGAUAGCCGAUCACGAUCGCCACAAACAUCCAGACGCGCCCGCAGGUCGCGGUCUCGAUCGCACCCCGUCCGGCACGACUGGCCCACGUCUUCCCGUCAGCGGUCCCGCUCAAGAAGUGACAGGAGAGAAUCCCCACCGAGGAGACGAGACGACAGACGAUCCCCACUGAGGAUGAGCCAUGAUCGAUGGUCCUCGUCGGAGAGGUCGCAUCCUGACCGAAGGAAGUCGACCAGCGCAGAAAGACUGGCACAGAAGCUGCUGGCAACAUCAGCUGUCCAAUCUCUCUCCGGUCAGACUGACAUCGCGACCGUGAUUAAGAAGUUGACUCCCGCCAUAUUGGCCGAGCUCUCCAAGAAUUCGCCGUCUGUGUCUGCCUCUCCGUCGCCCCGAUCCGGCCCGGCCAAGGCGAUGGCGAGAAGUUCCUCUGCCAAGCCAAAGGCAGCUAAGUCUUCACCCGCUCAUGAAGUGCGACUCGAUGGGGUCAACCCAGCUCUCUCUCACACCGACAUUGAGUUCGCUUUGAAGCAGUUUGGAGAAACUGACUCGGUUACUCUGUUCAGGGCCACCUUUCAGGGAAAUGUGAUUUUCAAGAAAGCGGAAGAUGCCGAGAAACUGAGGAGGGCCGAGAAGUUUUUCGUCAAAGGCAUAGCCGUCAGAGUCAAGAAAUUCCAGCCCUCCACCGAGGCCAUCAUCUCCACAGCCGGAGCCGCCAAACCAACAACCUCAAAGACUCAAUGUGCGACUUCGUCCUCGUCCGGCGCCAGGAAAACCAUGACGGGCAAAAUUGUCACGAAAGCAAAAGUCUUGGUUUCCAAAGCCAAAAAUGUCUCAACAAAGCAAAUAGUCAAAGCUGUGAAAUCAGCUAAUCCGCCAGCGAAAAACAAGGCGGCUGAGGUUAAGAAAGGUUUGACUCAAUCUGUGUCCAAGACAUCCAAGAGUCUAGUAAAGCCACCUGGCCCCGGCGAUUCCAAGCAAAAAGUUUUGCCUAAAAAGACCAUCGCUGGCAGUAAGCAGUCUUCUGCAGUGUUGAAAAAGACAGAAAAGAAACCAGCAAACAGGACCGAAGCGGCUAAAGGCGCCACUCCGGUUGAAAAGAAGGUGUUCGCUCUUAAAGGGUCACCCGGAGCCCAGCUAAAAGCUCAGGCUUCCUCCGGGGCUGUCCAAAAAGCAAAACUGAAAGGAACGUCGACAAAGCCCGCGUCUACAAGUGCUGUCGUUGGAAAAAGUGCUGGCGAGGAACCCGCCGUGGCGAAAGCAGACGCCGCGAAACUCAAAACAGAAGACACAGUCACGACCCCCCAGGCGCCUGCAGCUCAGGUGGAAGAAAAGGAAGCCGCGGCCGUGACGGUGCCCGCCAAAUCCGCAACCUCAGAAAAACUGUCCAGUGAAAUCACACAAGUGAAAGUGGAAGAAUCAGCCGGGGUGCCUGAAGACGAGGUUACGGAAACGAAGAGCGAGGUGACUUUGGACACACAGCACCAGGAAGAACUUUCCAAAGAAGACGGAAAAGCUGAACCGAUGGAGCUCGGAGAAACGGAAGCGCCGGAGAUCGUGAAGGUGGAAAGUACUUCUGAGAAUCCAGUAGUUAAGAAGGACUUAACCGAUGAGUCCAGUGAGAGCCAAACACCCCCGAACGCCACUGCUGCCACCGCCGCCGUGCCCCUGGAACCUCUGGAUCCUGCUCUGACACUCAAAACCGAGGUCAAAGAUCCAUCGCUGACCGAGAAUGAUGGAGCUCCAGAUCCAGAGUCCACUAAACCAGAACCAGAGACCAAAACGGAAUCCACAGGUGGCUCAGCCGAGGAGACCUCGGAGGCCAAGCCAGUGGUUGAAAAUGUGGAGACCCUUCAAAAAGAUGUUGUGAUUGCGGUUCAGAAUCAAACUGCUCCGGAGUCACAACCGUCCAGCAGUGCUGCUCCGUCCACGACCGUCAGGGAGAUGAUCGGAAAAUACCUGAAAGUGGGACGAAUCAGUUUCGUCGCCAAGCAUGUCGUCCUGUCGCCUCGGUUUCUUUCUCAGGACAACACGGUGAUAUUUGUGACCCAGCUGCCCAAAUACUCCGACAGCUGCUACACUGAGAAGCAGCUGGCCGAUCUCUUCACUCCGUUUGGAUUCCAUUACCAGGACGACCACAUCUUCAUCGCUCCCCAGACGCGCAUGGCUUUCAUCCGCAUGCCGACAACAGAGAUGGUGCAGAACGUCCUGAAGGCGUCGACGAAGAAGGACUUCAGUCUGUGUAAAUCCAAACUCUGCCUCAAGGUGGUGGAGAACAACUUCACGUCGCCGCUGGAGUUUUAUAAAUGCCUGAUGAUGUGGACAGAUAUUAAGCCGGUCGCUCAUGGAUUUGAAACAGUCUACAUAGAGAACAUCUCACCGAACCAGGCUCGAGAGCUGGUCGAGGUUUUGAAAACAAUGGGAUCCGUAACGAACUACGCACCUCUCCUCAACAAGGUGUUUGUGCAGUUUGACUUGGCUGAAGAUGCAGAUCGCCUGGGGGUUUGGUACAGCCUCCUCAAACAGAGGAGCGAUCUCCGAGUGUACAGGCUGCUCAAACCCCACAGCCAGGAAACAUCUCAACCUCCACGACUGCCUGCCAACGCCAUGCCGGACAGCGAGAACCUGAUACCUGGAGCUGCUGUCCUCACAGCCAGCCUCGUCCCAGAGCGCAGCACUGCGCCUUUCUGGCUGAUGCUGCCAACGCCUCCGUUUCUCUUUCCAACCGCGUCUCCCUGGUUCGUCAUCCCAGCAUUCCAGACGAUCAGAGAACAAGCCGACAUUGAGAAGGCGGUCGGCUGUGACUCCGGCGUCUACACGGUCAUGAUCACGGGUCUGCCUGAGGAAGGCUACAAGCAGCAGGACGUCGAACAGCUGGUGUGGCGUCACCUCCCGGAACAGAACCUGCACUCCUUGUUGUACAACGUGACGGUGCUGCCGCUGCAGCGGAGGGCUUUCGUCCACUUCCACAGCCGGACGGCGUGCUGCGAUUUCAUCCAAUCGCAGAUGACGAGUCCUUUUGUUGUCAACGGCAGCUCACUGGCCGUCCACAUUGUGCUGCAGGACAUGGAUCCUGGCUUCAGCGAGGAGACCAUGUACAGGAGUCUGAUGAAGUGGAGCAAUGCUCGUGUUCCAGAGCCAGACGCUCUGGAGGAGCGGCUGCUCACCGUGGAGAUCUCUGAGGUGACUCUGGAGGUCAUCAGGGCGGUCCUGCGCGAGGUGACGGCCGUGGCGUCAGUCGUCAGCUUCCUGCCGCUGGCAAACCGGAUAUGCUUCGAGAUGGCCGCUUCCAGCGGCGUCACGGACGUGGUGGAGAAAACGGCCUCGCUGGGCAAGCUGUCCUCACCAGAAACCUGGAAUCAAGUCAAGCGUGUCGAGAGUUUAAAGAGCCUGAAAAAACGUCUCCAAGAUUCCAGUGACGACGCGAUCGCCCUCGAGAACGAGCCGGAAGCACCUCUGCCUGAAGCGGCGCCGCCUGAAGCGCCUCUGCCUGAAGCGGCGCCGCCUGAAGGGCCUCCGCCUGAAGCGCCUCCGCCUGAAGCGCCUCCGCCUGAAGCGCCUCCGCCUGAAGCGCCGCCGCCUGAAGCGCCGCCGCCUGAAGCGCCUGCGGACCAGGAGAAACAGGCCAGCCCCGCAGCUUCUGCCGGAGAGCCGGUUCCUGAAGCCGUUCCGGCAGAGCAGGAUCAACAGAAGGCAGAAGCCGAGUCCACCGGCUCUCCAAAGCCGCACGGAGAGGCGGAGAAAGCAGAAACCAGAGGCGAGCCGAAGACCGCGCCCGUCUCCAGCAGAAGCAGCACGAGCUCAAACAGCGGAAGAGGUGGAAGCACGAGACAAACGAAGGGCCAGAGAGGCGUCAGAGAUCGCUCGGCUUUCAAACAGUUUUGUUUCGAUGAACUGAAUUUCAACUUCGAGGACUUUGUCACCGUUGACGAAGUUGGCGCAGACGCAGAAGACGCAGCCAACGACGGCCAGGGUUCCUCUCCGUCGAGACAGUCCGCCAAAGAGAGAGAGGAGCAGCAGAGCUCGCACUCGCCGUCGGCUCACAGGCGGACUUCGACCAUGUCCACAAGGGACUCCAAGAGCUCGCCCUCCUCCUCUUCCUCUCAUUCUAAGACCGGUCAACCAUCUUCAGGCUCGACCUCGGUGUCGCUGAGAAAGCAUAAAGACUCACCAGAGCCCACUAAAUCCCCCAGCAAGCCCUUCACCAAGCCCCCCUCCUCCGCCUCUCCUGGUCACAAAGCACAGCCCACGGAGUCAAAGUCUCCAAUCAGAGCGCCACAUUGUUCACCCUCUUCAACCAAGGUAUCGGCAGCAGCUGAGGUCUCACACAGUGCAGCGGCAAAGACUGACCACAAGGUGUCAGAAGAGGCAAACCCAGCACAAAGUGUUGAGUCAGACUGUAAAACGGAAGCAUCAGAGAUGCCUCCGCCUGCAGAGGGUCAGCAGUCAGAGCUGAGGAGAGACAGCCAGCAUCUGGGGGCUGAUCUUCAAGACGACACUCCCAGUGAUUCAAAGAAACUCAAAGGACCGGAUGGGGGUAAAGAUGAGGAAGAAGGGGAUGAAUCUGAAAAUUACCAGAUCCUCGAUUCAAUUGAUGAUGAGUCGGAAGAACGGAUGGAUGAAGACGAGAACCCGGAUGGCAGCUCUGAAAUCCAAACUCUAGAACCUGAACUCGAACAGAGUGUGGCUGACGGAGACUUUCGGAUCUUGGACAGCGUUGGAGACGAAGGCCCGGCCGGCCCCGAGGAGAGCAGUGGAGUAGAGAUGGACGCCUCUGUGCAAGUACAGGACAAAGGUAGUGGACAUCAGACAGCGAUAAAUCAACAAAGCCAUCAACUGGACCAAGGUGACUGUUCAACGAAGCUGCUGGCGGAGGAAGGGACGCCUCAAGUCGACAACAGGACUGAUAAAUCUGCAGACAAAGAUCAAGAGUUGGAUACAAGUGAUGAAGAUAAAAACAGGGAAAAACAAGGAGAAGGAACUGUUUCAGAACAAGACAACAGAGCCUCCGAAAGGGACGAACAACUAUCAAAUGAUCAAGACACCUCUGACAGAUCGGUGUCGGUGGGUGAUCAGACAGGAGCAGAAGACGCUGGGCCGAAAGGUGAAACCUCCAAGGAUCAGAUCAGAGAAGUGGAAAUAAAACCCCCUGGAGAAGAAGAAGACGCCUACCAGGUCAUCGAUUCUGUGGACGAACACCCAACGUCUUCAACCACAGAGUCAGAGACGGAAACCAAGAGGAGAAGAACCAGGAGGCAAGAAGUGACAGCAAAGAGAGAGGAUGGGCCGACCAGGAGGAGUGGUCGGAGGACCAGAGCGUCUGAGGCGGAAGAAAAAGAGAAAUCGCCAAUAAAAAUCACCAGUGAGAAGCCAGCAAAAGACAGAAGUCCAGCAAGAGACCAAGCUGUCAGUGAGAGUACAGAGGAGGUGAUCUAUGAAGUUGUAGAUUCUGUCGAGGAAGAACCCGUUCAGGAUGAACCACAAAGGUCUGGCAGAAGAAGAACGACCAGAGGAAACAAAGAGAAGGCAACAAAUCAGGCGGAAGCGUCUGGAAAACCUGACGGCAAGGCAGAGAACAAAGACACCGCUGACAACGAAGCCGUCGUCACCACGAGGUCUACCAGAGGGCGAAGAGGUAGAACGCCGAAGGCAGAUUCCUUGGACGACACAACAAAGACAGACGAGACACCAGCAAGGAAGAGGAAGCCACCGGUCAGGAGUUCUCAGGAACCAAGGCGAGAGGAAACGCCUUCGACUGAGAGCCCAGAGGACAGCAAGGACGCUUCCUACGAGGUGCUGGACUCGGUGGAGGAGGAGAUCGUUCAGGAGCAUCCGCCCACGCCAGUACGGAAGAGGGGAAGGCCCAGGAAGAAUGUGAAAGCUGCUCAAAAACAAGUCGUAACUCAGAAAAAGGACGAGACAGAAAAUAAAUCGGAGCAUAAAGAAGAUGAAGAGGAAACAUAUCAGGUUGUUGACUCCGUGGAGGAGGAGACUCUCGCAGAUGAAUCUGAGAGCGCCAAGAAGUCAACCUCUUCUAAAGACGAUGGCGAGACACCAAACACGGAGUUUACCAAGGAUGCUGUGGUGGAGGAGGAGGAGGAGGAGGAAGAGCCGACGUACGAGAUCGUGGACUCUGUCGAGGAUGAAGAGGACGGCGUCGGCCAAGCUCCAGAAGGGCUGGUGACCACGGAGGAGUCCAGCAGAGCGAGGGAGGAGGGGGGGGAGACAACAGACCAGGUUCCUGCUGAGAAAGAAGAACUACAAACCUGUGAAACGCCAACGGAGGAGGAGACUCAGGCUGCUGACAGAGUCAAGGUCAGGGGUGGUUCAGAGUCUGAGAGCUCGAACCGGAAUCCCCCCCAGGAGGCGGAGACGCCUGCAGCAAGCGCUCUGGUGAACCUGGAUGAGGUGAGCGAGGAGGAGGAGGAUUACCCCGACGACACCGCCGAGGAGGAGGAGCUGAAGAAGAGGCAAGCCGCUGCCAAGCAGAAGCAGGAGGAGCGGAGGAGCAGGGAGCGGGAGGAGGCGGAGCGCAGGAGUCGCAGCGGCAGCAGAGGGAGGAGGGGGGCCAGGGCCCGGGACGAGGUGGAGGAGGUGGAAGAGGUGGACCCCCGGGACCUGGUGACCCUGGACGAGGUGGGGGCAGACGAGGGGCCCGACUCGGAGGAGGAGCUCCAGACGCUCGUCACCCUGGACGAGAUCGUGGAGGAGGAGGAAGACUCGGGGAAGGCGGAGCCAAGCCAGCCGGAGCCCCGCCCACUCAGCUUGGAGAGCCAAUCAGUGACACCCCAAACCUUAGAGACGGCGGAAGAAGCUGGUAAAGGUGAUGAAGAGGAGAACAAAGAUGAAGCUGAGACAACCUCCAAACCUUCAAAGCGCAAACACAUAGAGGAGACAGAGGAGAGCAGCAGCUUUGUGACAGUGGACGAGGUGGGGGAGGAGGAAGCUCCGCCCACCAGGAAGAGGGGUCGACCGAAGAGGAAGAGCAGGCAGACGCCUGCCAGACGGUCCACCAGGGGGCAGCACCAGACCCUCACGGACAGUCAAGAGGACUUGUCUGUGGUCCAAUCAGAGCCCAGCUCCACCCUGCCUGACACGGUCCAAUCAGAAGCUGACUCCGCCCAGUCCGACAUGGUCCAACCAGAUUCUGGCCCCGCCCCCUGUGAGCCUCCGAAUAGGCUGACUGUGGCAGCGGAGGAAGAGGGGGAGGAGUCAUGGAGCCGAGCAGCGCCUCCAGUGGGCAGCAAACGGCUUCAGCAGCUCGUCGGACCCGAAGCCAAGCGCUCGCGCUCCCAGUCCCCGUCCGUCGACACGCAGGUCAAACUGCCGCCAUUCAGCCCGGGCAACCCGCUGGGUCAGGAGUUCGUGGUCCCUAAAUCUGGGUUCUUCUGUAACCUCUGCUCCGUCUUCUACCUGACGGAGAACAAGGCCAAGAGCGUCCACUGCAGCAGCAGGAAACACUACGAGAACCUGCAGAAAUACUACGAGAAGCUUCAGCAGAAACCGUCGGCGGGCUCCGUCUCAGACUGAAGCGGCGUUUCUGUGGCGAGGAGGCGCUCGGACAUGCCCGGCGCCGCCACUCGUGAUGGACGGUCGUAAACGUACCGAGGUCACAUCGGAGGGUUGUUAAUAUAACGCUCCGUGUUCAUCCUGUGCAGCAGGACGGCUUUGAUUUUCCCGGAUGUUUUGACGGAGGCUGAAGAUGUUGAAAUGUCCUCCGUCUGAUGGAAAUCCACUUUUUUAACAGAGUUUAACAGAGAAAAUUUAAACACAACAAGUUGCUGCUUUAGUUUUGAAGGUGACUCUGGACUCUGGGGGCCAAGAUGUCGAUAUAUCGUGUUUGUUCGUUGGGAUAUCCUCUUUUGUUUUGUUCCUGAAAGUAGGCUUUUGUUUCAUGUUUUGACGGCGCGCUCUCGUCUUCAUGGAUAAAUCUUUCUUUGUAUUAAAGAACAUGGAUCUG